AUGACCACAGCUGUUGUGUCGCCUUUCUUCGACUUCGAAGCAAUCAAUAAGAACAAGAAACUGCUGGGCUACAAUGGCAACCUGGCCGUGCCGCACACCAAUGUUUCCAGCGCCCUACUGGACAGGAAGGCGGUGGGCUCCCCUGGAGCGUACCAGCGGCGGCACUCUGUCAGCAGCGGCAGCGCAAAGUUUAACCAGAACCAGUUCCUCAACAGUCUGAAGGCAGCAGAGCAUUCACCACUCAUCUCGGGCCUUGGUGGCGGCGGCGGUGGCGGCAACAAGGAGAACCACUUGCGGUUGCGGGACCGCUCCUUCUCCGAGACGGGCGAGCGUCUCCUGCAUAAGUGUCUUGGCCCGGCCAGCCCCACAGGAGGCCAGGUGAACUCCAGCCGCUACAAGACGGAGCUGUGCCGGCCCUUUGAGGAAAACGGCGCGUGCAAGUACGGAGACAAGUGCCAGUUUGCGCACGGCAUCCACGAACUGCGCAGCCUUAGCCGCCAUCCCAAGUACAAGACAGAGCUGUGCCGCACCUUCCAUACCAUCGGCUUCUGCCCCUACGGGCCCCGCUGCCAUUUCAUUCACAACGCUGACGAGCGCCGCGGACCGCCGCUCAAGUCCACCAACGGAUCGUCCCCGUCCUCCUGCUCCUCAGGCGAGAUGGAGCGGCCCCGGCUGCAGCACAGCUACAGUUUUGCAGGCUUCCCCAGUUCAGCGGGGCUCCGCGACAGCCCCACGUCUGUCACCCCGCCGCCCAUGUUUUUCCCAGACGAGGUCCCAGACUGGCCCAGCAGCAACCCCUUCACCUACUCCAGCCAGGAGCUGGCCAACCUGUUUGGGCCCAGUCUGAGCGGCACUCCCCUGUGCCCCGAGCCUAGCAAUGCUGCGCCUUCUUCCCCCACCAACGGGCCUUACUACUUCCGACCCAUGCUGGAGUCGCCCCAGAUGUUCGAGUCCCCGUCCAGCCCCCAGGACUCCCUCUCGGACCAGGAGGGCUACCAGAGCAGCUCCGGCAGCAGCUUGAGUGGCUCAGAGUCCCCCACACUCGACACCACCCGGCGACUCCCCAUCUUCAGCCGUCUCUCCAUCUCAGACGACUAG